AUGACCAUCAUCUGGAUCAUCAUCUUCAUUCUGACGCCUGCUGAGUUUUUCCUCUCACAUCUGUCUGGAAUCAGUGCUGUAAUUACUGUAGCUGGACACAGAGGACAGUCAGUUCAGAUUAAAUGCUCCUAUGAUUCUGGAUAUGAAACCAACAUAAAGUAUCUCUGCAGAGGAGAAUGUUCUGUAUGGGGAACUAAAGACAUUCCUGUUCAGUCUGGAUCUGCUGAAGAUCAGAGAUUCUCUCUAGAUGAUGACACAGCAGCCAGAGUCUUCACCAUCACCAUCACUGAUCUGAGAACAGAGGAUGACGGAACAUACUGGUAUGCCCCUCCUGCUGUCUCUGACUCCACAUAUUCUCCUACAUCAGUGCAGACACAAUCUACACCUCUCUCCAGUUUUCCAUCUACAGGAAGUUCUGCUGACAGUGUUCUCUUCCACUCCACUCCAUCACUCUCCAUCAGUACAUCUGUAUCUCCAGCUACAAAUGUUCAAAGCUCAGCUACAACUCAGAGAAAUGCCAGAAGAGAUAAGGACGUACCUGAUUGUGAAAACGAUACACCUGGAAAUCAACACUCUAUGGCAAUGAGAACACUCUACCAGAGCCUAAAUCCCAGCACCAACCGAUCAGAAUCAGCCUACCAGAGCCUAAACCACAACACCAACCAAUCAGACUUAGUCUACCAAAGCCUAAACCCCAAGACCAACCAAUCAGAUUCAGUCUACCAGAGCCUAAACCCCAACACCAACCAAUCAGAAUCAGUCUACCAGAGCCUCAACCCCAAAACCAACCAAUUAGAAUCAGCCUACCAGAGCCUAAACCACAACAUCAACCAAUCAGACUUAGUCUACCAAAGCCUAAACCCCAAGACCAACCAAUCAGAUACAAUAUAACAGAGCUUGAACCCAACACUAACCAAUCAGAUUCAGUCUACCAGAGCCUAAACCCCAAACCCAACCAAUCAGGUUCAGUCAACCAGAGCAUAAACCCAAAGGCUAAACAAUUAAAUUCAGUCUAUCGAAGUCUAAACCUCAAAACCACUCAGACCUUAUACUGAAGCACUGAUGAAUCUGAAUGUGAUAAUUUAAAGUUGUAGUUUGUAUAAUUUUCUCAGAUUUCUGUAAAGACAUUGAUGUUAGUCUUAAAAGUUUUCCUUGAGUGUUGGAGUUAGUUAAGAGUUGAAAGUUGUUCAUUACAGAUGUGUAACCUGCCUAUUGGUUGACUCUGUAACUUCAUUUGCCCUGAUUGGAGGAAGGGUGUUUCAGCCAUUGUAUUGUUGUUUUUAAAUUGUACUUCCUGUUCUUUAUGUAUGUAAACAACAAUGCACUCAUUAUUCUC